AUGUCGCUACUUGGCCUCCCCAAUGAACUGCUCUUGGAGAUCACAAGCAAGCACCUCUACAAGGAACGGGAAAUCUACUCGUUCAUGCGCACAAACCGCCGACUCUACUCUCUCGCAAGGCAAGAGCUCUACCGAUACAACGCAGCCUACGACAAUUCCAGCGCCCUGCAUGUUGCAGCUGAGACGGGAAAUCUAGAGACAGUAGUAUACGCACAUGAGUACGGAGGAGCGGUGCUCAAGGCGGCGCAUAGCCGAUACGACGCUGCGACGCCGCUCCAUCUUGCCAGCAGGGCGGGCCAUGUCGCGAUUGUCGACUUCUUGCUCGCCCAAAAUGUUGCGGUGAACACGCGCGCUGGGCUUGAUAGGACGGCCCUCAGUGAGGCCGUGCAACAUGGCCAUUUCGCCAUCGUUGAGAGACUGCUGGCGGUCGACGGCAUCGAUCCGGGUAUAGCGGAUUCGUUUCGUCGGUCCCCGUUGUGGUGGGCUUGUCGACGCGGGCAUCUCAAAAUUGUACAAGCUCUCCUUUGCAGGGAGGACGUGGAUGUCAACAGGGGGUGCGACGAUAACGAGACGCCGUUAUUUGUUGCAGCUUUCUGGAACCACGUCGACGUUGUAAAGAUCCUGCUGGCGGACGACAGAGUCGAUCCGAACCUCGUUGCUGGCUUCACGGAGACGACUCUGAUGAUGGCAUGCGCGAAAGGAUAUGAGCAGGUUGUGCGGGCGCUCUUGGCCUCACCAAAGACGGAAAUCCAACCGGACAUCUACGGUCGACACGCCCUCUUCCACGCGGUGGAGGGGAACCAGACGGGCAUUGUCGAUAUGUUACUCGACCAUGGCGCCCCAAUCGAUGCUCCAGAGCACUCCGGACAGACGGCACUCUUCCUGGCCGCGCGCAAUGGUCUAGCGAAGAUGGCAUACCACUUGAUCACUCGCGGAGCGGAUCCCUCGCCAGCCAGUGCCAGAGGCUACACGCCGCUUUGCUGGGCAGCGCACGCUAACUCGGCGUCGAUUAUCAAGAUUCUGCUCGAGGAUCCCCGGGUUGAUGCCAACCGCGUCACUCCGAGCGGCUCCAGGCCAAUACACAUAGCCGCAGUCAACGCGUGCGAAGCGCUUGAGCACUUUCUCCAGAGGGAUGACGUUGAUGUGAACUGCCAGGACAGGAUUGGGAGGACGCCUUUGAUGUUGGCUGUAUGGAGGGCACGAAUGUGCCACAUUGAGCUCUUGCUCGCGAAUGAGAAGAUAGAUGUCAAUGUUCAGUCAAAGGACGGAUGCACGGCGCUCGUGUACGCAGCGAAGCAGGGGCGCACAGGUGUCAUCAAGGCGUUGCUGGGCCAUCCGAGGAUUGAUAUAAAUGUGGCGGAUGGAGAGGGUCGAACUGCUUUGUACUGGGCGAGGGAGGAGGGAGAUGGGCAGAUUGCAGAGCUCUUGGUCGCCGCGGGUGCGAGGGAGCGCUCCUGA